CCACCAGAAUGUUGUCGAUCCUUCAAAAUCUCAUAAUCGUACAAAUGAUCGUAUGAAUCCUUCUAGUCGGUCUUCUAAACUUAAUAUAAAGUUUCCCAAAAAAUUUCAUCCAGCCAGACAAAAAGCAAUUAAGGCUUUGAAAAUUAAAAAUUAUGAUGAAGCUAUCAUUUAUUUAACAGAACUCCUCGAUAAAUAUCCUGAUAGUUAUAGUAUAAGAUGCGAUCGAGGUGAAGCAUACAUGAAUAUAAAGGAAUAUGAAAGAGCCAAACGAGAUCUAGAUUUGGCCGUACAAAAAAAGCCAAAGAAAGAACGUGGUCUCUAUCUUCGUGGCAUAGUUCAUGAUAAAUUAAAUAAUCCUCGUGAAUCAAUAAGUGAUCUUUGUAAAGCUAUCAAAAUUAAACCUAAUGAUCCGUCAACAUUAGAUGCAUUAAAAAUAUGUGCUAAGCAUUAUAAGGAACUUGGAAAUUUUGAUGAUGCAAUAAAACAUCUUGAAUUGGUAUUAAAGUUAGAGGAAAAUAAC